GCAUGUUGCACCACCACCCGUAACACACGGGCGAACAUAUAAAAAUGGUAUCCUGGCUUUAGAUGUUCAGUAGAAAGAACAACUUACAGAGUGUACGAUGGUGUUUAAAGUUUGUAAAGGGGGAGUCAGGUCUGGCAAUACCCUUCGUGGUCUGCAUUCGUUUCAAGCAAAAAGGUAUGCCAGACAAGCAUGUAUCGUCAGCCAUUCCAACCUGUCCAGCAGGCGCGUGCAGCGAAUCAUUGAGACCAACACGGACAACGAGCAGAUCGCCGAGGCACUGAGGUCAACCGAGGUCAUCUUAUCCUUGAACAAGAAACAAAGAUGGCGGAUCCCGGCCACCGUCAGUCACAUGAUUCGGUCAGGUGACUUCAACGAGGAGAGAACGAAGAUCUCGAUGCUGGAGCGUCAUAAGUUGAAGCGGAAAGCGAACUGCCUGCGGUAUAUCUGUAACAGAGGUCGUCUAGGAUUCGUGGCUCCAAAGCAGAAGAGCUACUUCAAUCUGAAUUUGGAGAACUUCGAUGACGAAAUAUCCAACCGAAUGUUCCGACGAGAAAAGGCUGAGUACUACAAAACGAUGAAAACGGCCAACCCUUUGAAAGAGAAGAAUGUUGAUAAAAGUGUAGAAGUUAUUGAAGUACUUACAAUCUCCGGGAAUAAAGAUAUCGUGAAGCCGCCUAAGAAAAAACAAUCCGAGCUUUGUCUCGAGGUGUUUUAUCCCUGCCCUAAAAGCUGCUCCUUGACCUUUAACCCUAAAUACACGGACGUUUCCAUGGAGAUGAACGAAGAAGGGAAGAUGGAAAUACGGUCGAAUAAAAAAGUUGGUAAAAAGAAAGGAAAACGAAGGCAGGUUUUGUGGUAUAACUACAAUGAAGCGUUUAGAGAUGAAAUAUUUGACCAUGAAAAUUUCGUUGAAGAUGACGAUGAAGACGAUGUAAGCUAUCGAAUUUUGAAAAAUAAGAAAAACAAAAAUUUGGAUGAAUCUGAUAUAGAAUUAGAUAAUAGUUUAGAUCCCUCACUAGAGGAGUCCGGAGAAAAUAAACACAGUAAUAUUUUUGCUGAUUAUGUUUUGAAGGCUGAAAGCGCUGUAAAAGAACAAAGACUUGAUAAACAGAAACUUAGAAAGCGAAGCUUUAAAACCCCUCGCAAUAGAAGAAAUGUUGAUGAAAAUAUUUUGUCUCAAACAGAUGAUAAUGUUCGUAUUGAUGAACCGAAGACUAUUCCGUUUCUUGAAAAGACGAGUAAUGUUUCGAAAAUACAUGAUUCGUCUUUGCCUUACGCGAAAGUCAUUCUGUUGGAUGCUGAAACAUCCCCUGUAGCUCUUCAAGAGGAGUUUGGUGAACUGUACUCAGAAGCCAAUUGCUCCCCUAGAAGGUUUUUAAUCAACAUCACGCAUGACGUUGUAGAUAAGCUAAGUUUCUUCCGUGUUUCAAAACAAAUGUCCUUUUACACUUCGUAUCUUGUUUUCAUUAUGGACGAAGUAUUUGAUUCGGAGAAAAGAGUAUUUAAAGUUUUACUCAGCUCAAAUUUUGUCAGUGCUGCAGUAGAAAUCUCAGAUUUCGUUUCUUUUCAGCAAAGUACACUGAAAGACGUCGUUGAUUCUGUGGUGAAAUCAUUAUUAGAAAAGAAAAAUGCGAAUUCCGCAUUGUUUUAUAAGAUGCCUCCUCCAGAUAAAAUAAAAGAGAUUCCAGAUUUAGUGUCCCGACAGUUGAAAUUGGAAGUCGAGGUUUUUCACUGCACGGAAAUCUGUAACGAACCUGGUUUUCUGCAAGAAAAAAUGUCGGCCAAAAAGUCUUUACUACCAGCAGGUGUGAUACACCCAAAGACGGCGGAGACUUGUGGUAUAUGCUACAGUGAACUGGGAUGGAGCCAGGAAACAGAAGUGUCUAGCACGAGACUUCAUGCCUGCGCUCAUGUAUUCUGCGACCCUUGCUGGCGGUCGUAUAUCAAACUUCAGCUCGCUAAAGGAAGUUCCAGAAUAACAUGUCCAACGUAUCUGUGUAGCACUGAAGUAGGUCCCGUAACUCUUCUGUCAUUACUUCCAUUUAAAGACGUUCUAAACAUUCUGCAGCGAAGUUUUAAAAGCGAGAUAUAUGGCGAUUCUAACCUCAAGUUGUGUCCAAAUCCUGAUUGUGACCGGGUUAUCAAAGUAAAAGUGAACCCAGAAUUGAACAACCUGCCGUGUGAUGUUACCUGUACCUGCGGGGUAUCCUCCUGUUUCUCAUGUCUAGCCCCCGCCCACUGGCCAGCGAAAUGCAAACAAGCCCAAAUUUACAUCAACAAACUCAAAACAACGCUUGAAACACCAAAGCAAGACAACUCUGGUAGAAAACUCAAACAGAUCCCGCCCCCUAAACCAGGGGCGGCGUUUAAAGUAGAAGUAAACGCCUGUCCUAGGUGUCACAUCUACUUCACACAACUCAAAACACUUUGUUACCUCACGUGUCUCUGUGGUCAUUCAUUUUGCGGGUUCUGCCUGACCUCACAGCAAAACCACACUAUGGGUUGUCAAAUCAACCAAGAAUACAUCAACAGUUUAACCAAAGUCUUCACGAUACGUCACAUUGAAGGCCCCAAGCUUCCUCUCACGCAAACCCCCGAGAAGUCGGAGCUGGAGAUUGUUCAGGAGAAUACUUCUGAAAACUCAAACCUGCUCCGUAGGGCUGCUGAAGAAAGGGGCGCCAGCCGGGGUUUUGAUUACACGCAAGAUAUAGCAGAACUGGCUACACUAGUCACAAAUAAAGCUGUAAAAGAUGCAAGUUUUAUGGAAGAGGUGACCAAAAUAUCUGGAUACAGCCCAGCCCUGGAGCAGACACACCCACACCAAGUCCUACAUCACGUGACACAGUUUCUCCACUACCUCUAUGACGUCAAGCAGACGCUGCAUCACGUGGCCGAGUUCACCUUUGUUCUGGCCAAGGACGCCCCUGGCACGCCCGAGCGUCAGAGGGUACUCACCCUGGCAAACGACAUCAGCGGCUACGGCAGCUUCAUCCACUCGGUGCUGUCCUUGGGGGACAGGCAGGACCCCCGGGUUGCCGUCCGGCGGUUGUCUGACAUCCUGGCUUGGUCCCGGCGAGCUGUGUCGGCUCUGUCUGUGGCCGCGGAGAAACUGAGACAGUGAAAAAACUAUGUUUUGAGAGCUCUACUAAAAGAAAGGCGAUGUUUUUUAAUUUACAAAUCUUUUAAAAGAGGAGCAAUAUUUUGUUAAGUUAUAUAUCUGCUAAAAGAAAGAUGAUGUUAAAGUUUAAGACAGUAUUUUAUUCAGUAAAGCCUCAUCUUUUAGAAAAAUAAAGCGGGAGUGAUCUCCCCUAAACUUUCUCGAAUAUUCUUAUAUGAAACAAUAGGGGAUGGCAACUCGGGAUAUAGAUACACCAGUGGCGUAGCGAGGUCGGGUGUCACCCGGUG